UAUCUUAAAAUCAAAUGCAAAAUAUCCUUAUUAACACCAUAAUCGGAAAGGAUAAAUAAAUAUUGAGUACACUUAAUACAAAAGGCAAACAACACACCUAAUUUUCUUUAAAAUUAUUGUUAAUUAAACAAAAUGAUUAAAUGAUCACAUCUAAUCACAAAUACGAAAAAACUCCUUCCAAUGAGCAGCUGCCCGAUUUUGCUGUGGAUGAUCCCAACAUAACCCGGCAUCCUUUACUCCCCGAGGAUAACGGAUCGGGCGCCGUCUAUUACGAGGGGACCGAGACUCUUCCCGAUUUUACCUUCAACCCUCCCCCGCCCCUUCCUCCUUCGUUGACGGGCACCGGAAAUAUGGAUCGAUUUACCCCUUUGAUCGAUAACAAAGACUACACCCUGGGCUUCAAAGACGGUUCUGGGUACGGUUAUCAUCCCUACACGGACCGGGAUCAAUAUCCGUUCGAUAAAGACUACAAGGCACCCGAUUUGAAUAACAUGGACUACUACAAUAAUAUCAACUAUGACAAUGACUUUACCAACGGUGCUAAGUUCAACGCCACCACAUCGCCACAUCACAGUAACUUGACCAACUUCACGUCACUGAAUUACGACCAACAGAAAAACCCUUACUCUGACCCUCCCCAGAAGCCCAAAACGGCUCAACAACCAAUCAAAAUGCCUCCUUCUCUCGCGAACGCCUCUAACAUCAACCGACGGGCCGAUAAAAUUUAUUCGUUGGAAGAUCGUAACUAUUAUAACAAGGCGGGACUCUUGGGACUAUUGGCUCAUCCCAUUUAUCUCUUCAAGAACUUUUGGAACCGGAGGUCUAAGUUGGAACGAGCGUUUCUGAGUUUGCUCCUUUCCUCCCUUUUCGUGAUUAUGGUCCUAAGUUUCGUCAUCAAAGCCGGAAAUCAAAGGUACGGGAAAUUAUUGAACCGACUCGAUCUAAUCACAGCGAAUGGUACUACUCAUUUGCCUCAAGAUAAGAAAACGCCUUCCGCAGAAAUUAAACCUGAUUCAAACGGGAAGUUAUUGGAAGAUUGUAUCAGCCCCGACUGCAUCACCAUAUCCGCCAGAUUACUCAAUUCCAUGAAUCUUUCCGUUGAUCCCUGCCACGAUUUUUAUAAUUACGCCUGCGGUGGGUGGGUCCAGGACAACAACAUACCCGACGGACAAUCCACGUGGAACAAUUUUCAAGCUUUAUUCCAAAAGAACCAGUACAUCCUCCGCAAAAUAUUAGAGAGGAAAGAGACAACGUACGAAUCCGAAUCGGAAGUUAAGGCCAAAAUAUAUUAUGAAUCGUGUCUGGACGAGAACGAUACCAUCGAAAUGUUGGGAGCUCAGCCCAUAUUAGAUCUGUUAUCCCGAUACGGGGGCUGGAAUUUUUCGGCUCUUAACGAACCCUCAAUAACACCUUUUUCUUUCAACCUGAGCAGUCCCGAUAAACUCAAACUUAAAAAACAAGAAGACAGCAAACUUUUGAGGAAAUUGCUUCCAAAGGAUUGGGAUUUUCAGGACCGGAUGGAAAGAAUUUCGAUGGAACUCGAUAUCAGCCUACUCUUCUCGGUAUACGUUUCAGACGAUGAUAAAAAUUCAUCCAACAACGCUUUGUAUUUAGAUAUGGGAAGAAUCAGCCUUCCUAAACGCGAUUAUUACCUUAACAUGUCCUUGCCGGAAAACAAGGAAAUUCUGACGGCCUACUUCAAGUACAUGAUAGGCGUGGGCCUUUUGUUGGGCGAUAAAUUGGAACAACAACAAAAUCGGCAGCUCAGAUCGUUGCUUCAAAGCAGGCUCAUGUCCGGCCCCUUCCGAAAAAAAGGGGAGAAUAACCUCAAGAUCAACCCGCCUCUAAUUCGCGCCCACCAUUUGAGCUCAUCCGAUAAGUUCGCUCAGGAGGAUAUGGCCGUGUCGAAAUUCUCGGAGAGCUUGGUCAUGAUGAACCUGGAAAGGGAGAUUUUCGAGGAAUUAGAAAACGGCGACGAUUCCCUCCCGCCUAACGCCGAUCGCAAGCAGCUUAACAAUGCCCCUCACGAUUCUAGCAAUAAUACGAUAUUUGCUCGGUCGGCGUACGCUGACUACUACAGACUCAUCACUAGAAGCAUGGCGAACGUUCUCACCUUCGAAACUACCAUAGCUAACUUCACGCCACCCCAGGAAAUGCUGAGAAACGGAGAAAGAAACUACAAUCCCAUGACCCUCAAGGAAAUUCAGGAAAAAUACGAUUUUAUAAAUUGGACCCAUUACCUGAACGAGUUAUUCAGCUUAGUCAACGUGACCAUAAGUGAAGAUCAGGUGAUAAUCGUGAGAUCGUUGGAUUACAUGGCCAACAUAACUAAGUUGGUCAAGGAAUACAAAUCCACCAUCGAUAAAAAGACAAUCCUCAACAACUACUUCAUGUGGCACAUCACGAGCCGCAUGAUAGCUUACCUGUCCCAAGAAUUUAAAGCUACCCUCAGGCCAUUAAGCAAGGCGCUCAAAGGAUCUUUCGAUUCCGUCGUGGCUUGGAAAACUUGCAUAUCCGAUACUAACACUAUCAUAGGCUUCCCGCUCGGUUCGUUGUUCGUCAAGGAAACAUUUAAAGGACGGAACAAAAUAAUGGCCGAAGCCAUGAUAAACAAGAUAAAGCAAGCUUUUAAAAAUCAAUUGCCAACUUUGGAUUGGAUGGAUGAAGAAACUAUAAAAGUCGCCUCCGCCAAAGCAGACGCUAUCAGAAAUAAGAUAGGGUUCCCGGAUUAUCUGCUUAGUCCUAAAGAAUUGGACAAGAAAUUCGAAGGGCUAUCUUUCAAAUCGGACGCCUACUUCGAAAACAAUCUGAGACAGAUCGAAUUUUUCUUGAAGAAAAGCUUGGGUAAGAUAAGACAACCCGUCGAUAAGGCCAGAUGGUCUCUCACUCCUCCAAUGGUCAACGCCUACUAUUUAGCUACCGGAAAUGAAAUGGUGUUUCCAGCGGGGAUAUUGCAAUCCCCAUUCUACGACAGCACUUUUCCAAAAGCUCUGAAUUUUGGUGCUAUGGGCUUCGUCGUAGGACAUGAAUUAACCCACGGCUUCGAUGAUUUAGGUCGACAAUUCGAUAAAAAUGGUAAUAUGAAACCCUGGUGGAACAAUGCUUCUAUCGAGAAAUUUAAUCUAAGAGCUGAAUGCUUGGAGAAGCAAUACUCGGAAUACAAAUUGGAACAAUUAAAUAUUAACGGAAAACAGACUAUCGGUGAAAAUAUAGCGGAUAAUGGAGGAUUAAAAGCUACAUUCGCCGCAUUUAGAUCAUAUAUGGCAUCGAAUCCAGAAUACAAUCCUACACUACCCGGUUUAAAUAUGACUGACAACCAGUUGUUCUUCCUAGCUUUUGCUCAAGUUUGGUGUUCGAUAGACACAAAAAAAUCUUUGUAUUUCGAAAUUCAAAACGAUUCCCAUAGUCCUAAUAAAAUACGGGUUAUCGGAACUCUCUCAAACUCGGUCGAAUUCUCUAAGGCUUAUAAUUGUCCACUCAAAUCUCCCAUGAAUCCCUCCGAGAAAUGCGUGGUAUGGUAAUAAAACAGGGGAUAAUGAGAUGAAUGAAACCCUGCGAAAUUUGGCGCACCACACCUAAAGUUGUAAAAUAACAGCAAAAGCGUAAUUAUACAGAAUUAAAAUAAAUAAGCUUGCACCACCCGACGGCUAGAAGAAUUUUUUUUUAAAUAUAAUCUGGACCAACUAUUAUUUAAUUUUUAAACUCAUUAUUCUUAGGAAUUUUAAACAUUCUUUAUAAUUCAAUGCAAUUCCUACACUCCAAACACUUACUAGAUUAUUAUUAUUCAACGUUUUAUGGAUUUCUGCUAUAAACCAAAAAAAAUUCAAAUUUAAAUCAAAUCGCAAUAAGUUUAUACCAAAAAAAGCACACUCUUUAUAUAAUAUACAUUUUUAUCCAGGUUAACGGUCUGGUAGUUUACUUAAUUUUUUUUAAAGAUAUUAUAUAUGUAUUUAAUCAAGAAAGUGCAAACAUAUUUAUUUUUCCGGUAAUUUUUAAAAUAUGUUAUAUAUAUAUUUUUUUUUAAACGACUUGUUGCAAUAAAACCAAUACUUAUAUAAUAUCAUUAGGAAAUUAAUUUAUAAAAAAAAUAUCUACGCAGUGAAAUCUCUUAAAGGCGGAAAUAUAAUGAGAACCGCAAAAGGCCUAAAAAAUAUUAUUCUCUUUUGAAGAUACACAAAAAAAAAUUAUAAUAAAAUUUGUUUCCUUUUUUAAUUAGUUUAAAUAUAUAUAAUUUUUUUUUGAAAUGAUUUAAAUCGAUAAAAAUACUAAACUUUAAUCAUGUGUUAUUUAAUCCAUAUAUAAUUUUUUAUUUAUCUGCCAGAGGCCCUAAAAUUUUUUCGGCCGAUAUUCUGACUCUUAUAGAUUUCAUUGUACUUAUAUAGUAAUUUACAUUUAUUUAAUAUGUGCAAUUUAUAAUUUAUUUAAUAUAUAUGUUAUGUUAUUAUACGAUCUUAAACCUGUAUUACUUUUUUUUUUCAAUCAGAUUUAAAACGAAUAUUUUACCGCAUAUUCAAUAUACAUUUUAUUAGAUGCUGAUUUACAAAUUUGUAAACCAUGUUUUUUUAUAACGCUAUUUAAUAAUAUACAAAAUAUAUAAAUAUCAUACCGGGAAAGAA